AUGUAUAUUCCCGAUGAUGAUGCUGAUUUGGAUCGUUUGCUUGAAAUCGAUGAAGAGAUGCAGACGGAGAGUAGUCCUGUUAAACCAGUCGACCAGUCUCAUGCAUACGCUAUAAAGCGAGCAUCGGACAACUCCAGCAUUCAAGCCCCGAACGACUGUGUAGUUUUAAAUGAAUCCAAACGUAGAAAAAGCAUUCUCACUGAUGUAACUAGUCAAAUAUCUGAACCGGCCACACUUCCUUCGAAUCCUCCCGCUUCUCCUCAUCAGGGCGUGCUACAUAAAAGAAUUCCACUGGAAGGUGACUACGUAUCCGUCACUUUUGCCCAGGGAGACCGGUACUAUCUGAAAAUAAAUGAAAACGAAGAUUCUAUUGAUGACUUACCACCCUUUGUAUGCAGCGAUCUGGCCGAAGAGGCUAAGAGUCUGCUUCGCCUAAAGAAUAAAUCCUCAACUGAAAAUCCUCAACAAGUGAACUGCGCGAGAACGCACUGUUCGACGCUUUGGACUGCCAAAUACGCUCCAUCUAAUUACUUGGAUCUCAUUUCUGAUGAGAUUUUUGCCGCUAUUCCCGAAGCACAGUCUCAUGUUGCGUUGUAUUUUGUUCUGUCUUCACUGUUUGUGAUGGUUUCAGAUGAGAAGCAAGCAAAUGUUCCCAUUGUCCAACGAGACAUAUACUGUCCAUGUUCGAUGGCUAAUAUCAUCCAAACGCUACGACUGUUCAGUAAAUUUUGUCUCACCCCAAAAUCUGUGUUCAGUUUUGCAACUUCAGUGCGUCCGCUUCGUGCACCCGGUGUUCCCUGUUUAAUACUACGCAUACCUGGUGUUGACUUUCUUAAAAGUCGUUGCACUCAGGCUUCUUCGAGUUCCGAUGCCACGCACGUCUCAUUAGAUGAUUUGACCACGAUGAUCGGCUUCGCAGGUGGUCUGAAAGAUGUGCAACGUUCGUUGUUUGAUGUUUGGAAGGCGGUGUUCACCAUUCCACCUGCCCGUAUCCUGUCCGACCGUAUGCAGCGUCGUUCUCAGCCCGGAAGACCGAAGCGUUAUGCGAGCGGGUUUCGCAGCUCAAAGCAGUCUCGAGUGACCGCGGACAGUGAAAGCACCCUGGUAGCACGAUUGGAUUAUUUAAUGGAAAUCGUGGAUUCGGCCGGUGACGUGCAACCAAUGACUAUGGGGAUUUUUGAAAACUAUUUAAACUGCCGCAUGAAAGAUUCCAGUCUGAAUAUAGCGAAACAGGCAUCGCAUUGGUUUAUGCAUCAUGAUCUCCUGUUUCGACGUAUCCAUUCCCACGCGGACUAUAGUCUGUUGCGCUACGCUUCCUAUCUGCCUGCAUGGUUCCAUUUGGCUUUGGCCACCCCAACGGGGCUCACCAAUUCGAGUUCGGGGAAAUCCGGCGCUGGUUGGGGUUUGCAUUGGCCUACUGCACAUAAGGAAGCCAGCACGAAACAACAACAGUGUACGGCUAUUUUGGAUCAGUUGCUUGCAAAUCAGUGGGCUGCCCCAAGUUUGGCUACGAGUGAAGCGCUAAAACAGACUACCAGUUCUUUUCGAUUAUUACCCCGCAGACGAUUUCUACUGGACGUCGCUCCACCUACUCUAUCGUUACUCUCGCUAAUGACAUCCAGUUUACGACCACUGAAUGCGCAGUUGUACAGUCAACAGGAGAAGAUCAACUUGGCCGGUCUUGUUGAUUUGUUGUUGAACCUCGGGCUAGAUUUCUCACCUCAACAGAACACAGAGACCGGUGAAGUUGAACUGCACUUGGACCCGUGA